CAGGGUCUUCUAAGGUGGGGUAAAGAAUUUUCACUUCAACUUCGCUGCUUUGACUAUUUACUCUGCGCUGUAUUGCAUCUCCAAUAUAUAUUACCAUCUUAUAGAGAUCAAGAUGUCUCCUGCAGAAGUCGGCCGAGACGAUGAGCGUUACGACUCAAUUCCAGCUCAAAAUGCUUGGAGAACGGCAUGGGAAAGCAACAAAGGAGCGGCACUCAUCCUUAUCUCAGAGGCGUUUGGUUCAUCUUCUGAUGCCAUAGUGAGAUUUCUUCAACAAGGCGGUCAUGGCAUGCAUCCUUUUCAGGUGAUUUUCGCACGAAUGAUCACGACGCUUCUGCUGAGUGGCCUCUACAUGUGGUGGACAAAGGUCCCAGAUCCAUUUGGGCAUCCAAGCGUCAGACAUUGGCUUGCCCUUCGAGCUGUUUUCGGCUUCUCUGGGUUGUUCUGCUUAUAUUAUUCAGUGCACUACCUCCCGCUUGCUGAAGCAACUGUAUUUAGAUUCUUGGUCCCAAUAGUCACGGCUUGGGCAUGUUCCGUUUUCCUUGGCCAGACAUUCACACGGAAAGAACUCAUCGCAGGCCUCAUCGCCUUGGUUGGUGUAGUCAUGAUCGCACACCCAAGCAGCAUCUUCGGCUCUACCGAUGAUAUCAAGACCACCGACAUCGAGAAAGUGGCACCCGCUCAACGUAUCUUUGCCAUUUUCACUUCGGUUCUUGGUGUCUUUGGUGCGGCAGGCGCAUACACAACAAUCAGAGUCAUCGGGAACCGCGCUCACGCCUUGGUAUCUGUCAGCUAUUUCGCAAUGCUUGGUACUGUCGGUUCCACGGUGGCAUUGCUCGUCAUUCCUGGAAUUGGUUUCAAAAUGCCUCAUGGAGCAAGAGAAUGGGUUCUACUCUCUCUCCUCGGUAUCUUUGGAUUUGGCCUUCAAUUUUUGUUGACCGCUGGAUUGCAACUUGACAGAAGCAGUAAGGCGACGAGCAUGAUGUACACUCAGGUCCUGUUUGCGUUAUCCUUUGAUUGGGCUAUCUGGGGAGUUCUUCCAGGUGGUUGGAGUCUCAUUGGCGGGGCCAUUGUGAUUGCAAGUACACUUUGGUCGGCUUUGCAGAAGACUCAACCGAAUGCUGGGCAGAUAUCGAAGGCGAAGGAAGCAGAUGAGGAGAGUGCAUUGCUAGGUGAGCAGCAAGAUGGAGUGGCUGAAGUGGUUCGAAGAGGGAGUGUGAGUGCUUGAAAUCUCCACGGCAUUGGUUGUGGUAGAACGGAUGAGCAAAAGAAGCGCUUUGUUAAAUCAUGUGACUGGAACCCUUCUUGGCAUGCAGGUGCCUUCCAAGUUGUUACUAUGAGAAGAUGGGGAACAUAUCAAGGGGUCGCAUGAAUAAACUUAAAAGCUUAAACAACGCUGGAUUAUAUAUCGUCAUAAGGGCAUCCGUGGGAGGAUAUACUAUCACAUGACCUCCUUCGGCGUAAUCUUAGGUUAUUCCGGCUGCGGUCAGGGUUUCUGGGCCGCGGCA